AUGAAGGAUCCGACCACGGAGGACAUCGCUAAGAACCUGGAGUUACUGCUGCUGACCAGAUGGCUUCAUGAGAAGAAACACCGCUCACCGUUUCACGUUGGAUGCUCGAAGCCUCACUGA